AUGACGAGAGCCUCACCCCACAGUGGCCCUUACCUAACAAUAGAAGAUAGAUACCGCGACCUCCUAUUGAUGGUGAACAACAACGAACAUGCCACCUGGGAACGGUCACUACCUGACGAGUCAAGAUGCGAAGUCCAGGCAGGCACUUAUGUUACUGCAGAAGUAACAGUCCAAGGUUCGCGAACUAGAGGAAGACCACGGAAGUUUGCGAUUUCAGCAGAGGAACAACGGGACCGACGUCGAGCUCAGAAUAGAAAGGCGCAGCGUGCGUAUCGGGAACGCAAGGAUCGUCUUAUUGGAGAACUUCAAAUGCAGAUAUGCGCACUGCAACAGCAAAAUAGCCAGUUGCAUGGGGUGCAAAAUCCACUCGAGUUACAACAGGCAAAUAAUGAGACAGAGUUGCGAAGAGUGUAUGAGCGACAAUGGAGCCACAGAUCCACCCGGGACCGAAAAUUGUCAUAUGGCAGGAGAAGGAGCUUGGGAGGGUUCCAUUACCACGGUGCUCUCAGAGGAAAUGCAGAUGGAGUACAAUCAGCGGACGCUUGA